GAUGCGCAGCGCGAAAAAAUUUCAAUGUCAAACUAAUCAGCUGGAGAUUGUGGUUGGUGAUGUGUGGAGUGUGAUGAGAUAUACAAGACAUUUUUUUUCUGUUCUAGAAGGUUUUUGCCUUAUUAUGCAUAUGUGAAAUAACUUUAGCUUUAAAGGUGGUGAUUAAAACUGUGUACUCUCGGUAUAUGUUGUUUUGUAAAGAACUGUUCAGAUGAUAAAGGAAUAAUUUGAUAUUUCCGACGGUAUUUCAACAUGGCGACAAUGGUAGAAGUUGAAAGUUGGGUGAUAUACCAAUAUAUUACCAGUGAAUGCAGCAACUGUCUGUGAACCGUUGCUAUUUUUAUUUGUUAACGCAAAUAUUUUUAUACCCUACACAUUUCUCUUUUAAAUGUACACAAUUAUGACGGAAAGUGCUUUCAAAGCAAGAGACAUUGGCCUGAGGGCCCAAAAGAAGAUAUUAUCACGAAUGGCUGGCAAAAAUAUUGCCAGAGCUUUCAUCGACGACACCACAGCUUCACUAUUGGAUAAUUUAUACAGGCUGGCUAAACAAUACUCUAACAAUAAGAAAGAAGCAGAAAAGCUAGUGAAAAACAUAAUUAAGGUCGUUAUAAAACUGGGAGUCCUUCAUAGAAAUGGAAUGUUAUCGGAUGAAGAGAUAAAACAAGCCGAGAGGUUUAAGUCAAAGUUUCGGAAUAUUGGAAUGGCCAUUAUAUCAUUCUAUGAGGUCGAUUUCAGUUAUGACCGAAACUACCUCACUCAAUCGUUUAAAGACUCUCAAAAAUGUUUGGACACAAUAGUUUCGAGGCAUCUAACGGACAAAACUUUGUCCAGGGUGGACAGCGUAUUUUCAUUUUUCGGUAAUGAAACGUUUUUGGAUACAGUCUUCCGAAGGGAUUCUGAAUACAGAGAAAUUUUGGGUAAAAUUGUUAAUGAUUUGAACAAAGCUAUUGAUAAUGGAGAUUUGUAAUAUAGUGAAUGUUUCAUCUCGUGACCAAAAUAAUAGUUGUUCGUUCAAAUUGAUGACUCACUGCUCAAAUUGUUCUCACUUACUGGUCCUGCUAGCACACAAAUAUUGGUCAAAGGUUGUAGGAGGUGGUUUGUUGCGCUAUAACUUACGAACAUUUUGUUUUUUUAUAAGCAUGAACGUUUCUGCUGCUACAGAGCAAUUAAGCAAUUAUCGCAUUUUUGAAAACGUCCAUACUAUCACGUCUUCAGAGUCGUUGACAAUCCAACGUUAUGGAACCUCUAAACGGGCAAUAUUGUUACAUUAUCUAGCUGCAAUAAAGUAGCAACUGCCUUAUUUUUAAUAUGGUUCGCUUGUAUUGCUACACAUGCUUGACCAAAUAUGGCUGUCAGAUUACCGAACUAUUGGAAUUCUACAUAAUGUAAGCUGCCGCGUCACUUUUUCUUGCCUGAUAUUGUAGAUUCAAAUAUAUGGCCAAAUGCUUCACGGUAGCUGGCCUUAUAGCCAAAUAUUGCUUUAAAAAUAUAGCUGUUUUGAGAAUUUAUUAAUUUUUGUGUGCUAGCAGGGUGGUACUUGAAAGGUGCCGUCCAAUUAAGAAGUGUUCAGUUUGUUUGUUGUUUUAGGUAUUAAGUGUAUUUUUAAUUAGAACGAACAGCUCUUAUAUAAUUAUACUUUACAUAUUUACACAUAUCUCGCCUAUACAUAUAUUUGUAUUUUUACUCUUAAAGACCAUCUACUACUUCAAAUGGAACAACUCUACUUUUGAUAAUAGAAUCAUUCAACUUUGUAAGAAUUUCAUACUCUGUUAUAUUCCUCAGGCCUAUGAACAUUUCAUAGCAAGGUUAUGUUUUUUCUAAUUAUCAGUAUUUUUUAAAAACUCAAUAGGCAAUGGUCUGUACUUAAACUUCUCGGAUAUCAAAAUAAGGGGAACAAAAUUAAUUCCGAUAUUGUAGUCCAUUAACAGUAAUAACUUUGGUACUAGUCUUUUAUUUAUGACUUAUUUAUUUUUGUACUGAUAUUUUUAGGAAUAAUAUUUCUUGCAGAUUGCACGAAUAACGUUGAUAUUUCCUUGAAAAGGGCACAUGAUAUGCAUUUAUUAUUUGUUUUAAUAUAAAUUCAGCACAUUAUUAUGUACAUUUUUACUAUAUGCCGUAAUUAAGAAAUUUUGGGCACAUACUCGAAGUGCGACCGAUACGGACACUUCCAUUUAGUAUUUGAAAUCAAGUUUGUUUGAGCACAUGAGUACAUGACUAUACGCAUAUGCUUCAGGAAGUACUCAAAUAUCGCCCGAUUAUCGAUUACUUUUAGAUAAUGUUCUUGCUUUUCUGUUAUUAUGAGUUUUAACUAUAGCUCAAAGUCUUAAACACUGAAAAGGUUGAAUCAAGAUAGAUUUCCACAAGGAUUUCUGAUUAACAUCUACUUUGCUACUAAUAACAAUAAGAUUUGAAAAAUGGAUGCUUCUAUGUUAUGGUAUUGUCGUAAGGAGGGUAACAACUCCAAGUAAACAUUUAGAUAUUCCACAAGGACUGUUUGUUAAGCAAAAAUAAAACGGAGAGAAACCGAAGAAAGAGCUACUCUAUAAACGAUAUUAGCCUCCCUUGAGGACUCCCAAAUGUAAAUCAAAUAUGGUCCAAUUACUGAUAAAUCAUGAAAACGUGAAAUGGUUUAUGACGAAAGAUGUUCAAAUACAAAAUCCACCAACUUUGAAUGGCAAAUGAACAAAACUGUUGAAUACCUUACAAAAAGUAUCUCGCAUGGAUGUAGAAAACAGAAAUGAGUGAGGAUUAUGAGUUGCGAUGGGGUUUAGUUGUUGGUACAAGUCAGAUUAGAUAUUGUAGAAAUUAUUUGACAACUUAAAUCAUUUGAACCCGUACAUGUGCAUCAAAGAUAUUUGAUAUUCCUGAGAAUGAACAAUGUUGGCAUGGACAUAUAGUAUAUUAUUAUUUGUCGGUACUGCCACUUAUUAACUCUAAGUACUUGCAAGCUUCUAAAAUAAUAGACCACGCCUUGCGUGUAACUUUUAGCCAAUAAUUUUGAUUGAUUUGAUUUUAUAAUAAAACAGCUAAGACACAUUAAGCAUUUGAAGCAAAUUUUAGAAUCCACCAAAUUUCCUGUAAGGUGCACACUUGUAACCUUUAGCCAAUAAUAUUGAUCACUGAUUUGAUUUUUUAAUAAAACAGCUAAGACACAUCCAGCAUUUGAAGCAAAUUUUAGUAUCCACAAAAUAUCCUGUAAGGUGCAAACUUGGAAAAUUCAACACUAAACGUUUUUAGUGUACCAUCUUGUACAGUGUAUUUUUGUGAAAUAUCUGUAUUAUAAACUGAUUGUUGUGAUACAAAUGAUUAAAAUGCUGAAAAUGUAAAUAUUGUGUAAUCUGAAAAACCGCUUAAGAGAUGCGGGGUUGGACAGGCGCCCAUGGCGGACAAAUAACAAGACGUCGAUUUGAGGCUUACGAAAAGACGCAAAGUACAAACCCUAAUAAGAAGGGUACAGUCAAAGAACAGGGAAUGUCCUAAUGAAUUGCUUUCAAGAAAAACGCAAUUAACAUUACUUUUAUUGAGAUCAAAUUACUUAGAACUAAUUGAAUGUUUAAUAUUUAAUAUAAUUUUGUUGUUGACAAUGGACUUUUUCGUGAUUAAACAUAUUUAAAAUGUCCAGACAUAAACAUAGACAAGCAAUGUCCAAUUCAGUCAUCAGCAUCUGUGGUUUUUGUUCCUUGUUUUAGUCAUUUCUAAAAUGCUUGCGCUGUUGUAGUAGUUUAGUACAAAAUGGCAUUAGACACAUCUUGUGUCUGUAAAUUCACUUACAGGCAAAAACCCUUUCUCCUGGAGCAUUUUCGUUAACUCUGGAUGGUGAUGUGAUAGGUUUGUUCUUGAACUUUUAAAUAAUGCAUACAAGCGAAAUGGCAAUUCCAUGUUAGUUAGUAAAUAUUAUUCACGAAUGAUGUGUGUAUAAGUCUUAGCAUUGUAUAAUUUUUAUUUUGUCCUAUCACAAAAUAUAAUUAGGUGUCUCGUUGAUUUGUCUAUUAUCUUAUUAGUAAUAAAGUCAAACGAAAAGGAAAAACUUUAUCUGACCCGUUUUUGGCACGUUUCCUAGCACGAAUAGAAAUAAUCCAGUUCCCUGAUUAUGAAAGACAAUAGUCUGUUGCUAGAACAUUUUCCUGAUUUUUGAUUUGUUGUUUGGCUCUUUUCUCUAUGAUGAAAUACAUGAGCUUGAAUGAACUUUAUUUAAAAUUGUUUGCUGUUUCAAUUUGCCUAUUCUAAACACAUAACCAUCAAAAGUACUGCAUUUUUUCAUUCUCGGAUAGCCAAAAGCAAUGUUAAACAGUGUGCUAAAAAUAUGCCUGUAAGACUCAUAGGAAACUAUAUAAACAAAAUGUGACAUACCCUGUUCUUUGCCUGUACCCUUCAUAUGCUGCAAGUUUGGAAUUUAAUACUUUAGUACAACUUCUAUCUUUCUGUUUGCUACCUCACUGAGAUCAAAUAUAUUCGGAUUGUACAUACAGCCGUCACGAUAUUGUCACACUUUAUUCGUUUGUAUUACAACCAUCAUACUCCAUGUUAAAAGCAUUAUAUACCAAAAAUGUAUUUUUUUAAAUAACACUAAAUGUGAUUGUCGUCUUAUGUAUAGGAUGAUUCACGUUAAAGAUACCAGGAGUAUUUUUCUGAAGUUAAUACUUCAUAUUCUUGGUAUCUAGGGAUCAUCCUGUACGUAGCGGUAGUUGAUUGUAUAGCAAUAAUAUAUCGAUAUUAUUUAUUGUAAUAAAUCGUAAAAGAAAAAA